AUGAAGUAUUUUAUUGUGUUGGCUUGUCUUCUUGUGGCCGCUGAGGCUUACACUAAAUCAGGAAAUCCAUUCAAAACGAAGAAAUAUAAGUGUGUUGAGGUUUCUGAUGAUGAGGAAAUCCAAAUCGUUCCAAAGAAGAAGAGUGCCACCUCCAAAUACCCAUGGAAGGCUGAGGAAGAGAAAGUAAACCGUAGAAAUGAGAACUCCCGCUCAACAGAAAUCAUUGAAAUGCCAAUCGCUAGAAAAGUUAAAACUCAAAAAAUAGUUUCCACCACUCCACCAACCAUUUCUGAUGUUCAAAGAGAUGCCAAGGGAAGACCACUGAUUCUCUCUCCAGAGCACUGCAAACAGGUUGAGCACUACUCCAAGAUGUAUGGAGUCAAGGAUGUUCUCGGAUGGGUUCAAAGCAACUGCUCUUUCGCCAAGAUGUAUGUUCCCGGAGCUACUUGCGAUGAGAUUAAUAUUCUUGUUGCUUCCUGUUACAAGAACAGAAAUUAA